UGACACUGACAGAUUUCAUUAAUAAAGAUUACAUUCUAUGUUUCCUCUCUAAUCAAUUUUCCAAAUCACGAUAUUGUUAAUCAGCUUUCAUUGCGCAUUAUUACCGAUCUGACUCUGUCCCUGGCCACUGCAUCCAUAUCAGUUGCUACUAUUUUGUUAUAAGCUGAUAUAAUGGCUGUUGAAAAGGCUGGAAUCGCCAAUGAUGUUACACAAUUGAUUGGCAAAACCCCACUUGUAUAUCUUAAUAAAGUUACCGAUGGUUGUGUUGCCCGCAUUGCUGCCAAACUAGAAUUGAUGGAGCCAUGUUCUAGUGUCAAAGACAGGAUUGGCUACAGUAUGAUUGCUGAUGCAGAAGAGAAGGGGCUAAUAUCACCUGGAAAGAGUGUUCUGAUUGAACCAACAAGUGGAAAUACUGGCAUCGGAUUAGCUUUCAUGGCUGCAGCCAAGGGUUACAAGCUCAUAAUUACAAUGCCUGCUUCGAUGAGUCUCGAAAGAAGAAUCACUCUGUUGGCUUUCGGGGCUGAGCUGGUUCUGACAGACCCUGCAAAGGGAAUGAAAGGAGCCCUUCAGAAGGCUGAAGAGAUUGUGGCUAAGACUCCCAAUUCCUACAUGCUUCAGCAAUUUGAAAACCCAGCCAACCCCAAGAUACAUUAUGAAACCACUGGCCCAGAGAUAUGGAAAGGUUCGGAAGGAAAAAUCGACAUGCUUGUAUGCGGGAUAGGUACUGGUGGUACCAUCACUGGUGCAGGGAAAUAUCUGAAAGAGCAGAAUUCCAACUUAAAGUUGAUUGGUGUGGAACCAACUGAAAGUCCAGUGCUCUCAGGAGGAAAACCUGGUCCACACAAGAUUCAGGGGAUUGGUGCAGGCUUUGUCCCCGGUGUAUUGGAAGUCAAUCUUCUGGAUGAAAUCAUUCAAAUAUCAAGUGAAGAAGCUAUAGAAACUGCAAAGCAACUUAUGCUUAAAGAAGGCCUAUUUGUGGGAAUAUCUUCUGGAGCAGCAGCAGCUGCUGCCAUGAAGAUAGCAAAAAGGGCAGAAUAUGCUGGAAAGCUUAUUGUGGUUGUUUUCCCUAGCUUUGGAGAGAGGUACCUGUCCUCUGUUCUAUUUGAAUCGGUUAAACGGCAAGCUGAAAGCAUGACUUUUGAGCCCUGAAUUCCAUCCAGCCUAAGCUCUUAAGUUGCUUCAGUCUUCAGAUGGAGAUUUUCAAGUGAUCAAAUAGACGUAGCUAGUGAUCCUAGAAAACUAUUUUCUGUGAUUCUGCAAUAAAUUUUGCUUCAAAAUUCUUGAAUAAGGAAAUUUUGAAUCUUGAACUAUUAUUUUAAGCUGUCGUUUUUCAUUUUUCAUUAAAUAAGUAAAAAUAAGAAGGAACAAGCUAAGCUAAGAAAU